CUUCAAAAACCAAAACCUAAGAAAACCAUCACUUACUCUUAUAAACUUGCUAUUCAUAAGAUGGCUAGGGUUCCACACAAGCGCCUUCUUUUCGUCGCUUUUCUCCUCUUUUGCUUCUUCUCCAUCUCUGCUAGAGCGAGGAGUUUGCCUAUGGCUAGGAAUGAAGUUGGUGCUCAGAAGAGUCAUGACGAUGUGAGCACGAAAAAUGAUGAGGUUGAAUCAUCGAUUGCAGCUGAGUUCAUGUCAAUGGACUAUACUCCGGCCAAGAAGAAACCUCCAAUCCACAACUAAGCAAAUUUGGAAAAAAUUUUACUGCGCCAGCGUAUAUAUGCUGGGUUUAAUUAGCAGGCUAUACUCUUCUGAUCAGUUCCCCUUAAGGUAUGGAGUACUUAUAAUAUAGCUAGAAAGAAGAGACAUAGUAUUCGACGGUUAUAUAUAAUGUUAGAAGUAUAUGUACUUAAUCGUACAAAUCUUUUCUUGUCCAGAACUCAAUGGAAUAUAUACCUAUUAUGUGU